UGCACCGCGCCCCAUGAUGUUCCCAACAGCUGACAGACGGUAAAAGCCUCUGCCAGAGCUGUCGGUAGAAGCGAGUGUAGCCUCUCGUCGGUAGCUUACACGGACUGAAAAUACAAGCCGAGCAUUACUGGACUUUGGAUCGCUUCUCAACCUGGGCUGCCGUCGAGCAUCUUGUUUUGAUAAAAGAUAAUAAUAAUUCGUUUGCAUCCUGACUUUUCCAGAUUGGGAGCUGGGGACAUUUGCUGUCAGCUAACUUCCACAUUAGGUCGCUGCGUCGCUGGACUGCUGCAUAUGUUUUAUUUGAGCUUAACAGUUUGACUCCAGCCCUUCCAGCCGUGCCCAAUGCUGAGGAAUGGAUAGUGUGUCUGCUAAAGGUGGGAAGAUGGUCGAGAGUGAUGAGCAGCCGAAGAGGGAUAGUGGCGGUGGCGCAGCGAUGGCCGCACUACAUCAAUGCGAACUCAUCCAGAAUAUGAUUGAAAUCUCCAUCUCCAGUUUACAGGGGCUACGGACCAAAUGCGCCGCGUCCAACGACCUCACGCAGCAAGAAAUACGCACUUUAGAGGUGAAGCUGAUGAAAUACAUCUGUAAACAGCUGCAGUGCAAGCAGAAAGUGCCAGAGACAGAGAGGCCCGAGGCCCUGGACAGCUACCCGCACUUACGAGACUGGCUACGCACCAUCAACCUGCGACCAGAGCUCAUCCAGGCCGUGGAAGCAAAGUUGUCCCUGGAUGCCUUACUGCAGAUGACAGGUACUCAGGUGAGGGAUACAAUGCGAAGACUAGGGUCCAGUUCAGAAGAAUGUGCCAGGCUCAGUGCUGCCCUCUCCUGUCUGAAGAGUGCCACUGAAUCAGGAGGUGAACUGAGGGAAGACGGCAGUCCCUGGUUGUCUGAGCCCACAAGGAGGGACAGUGGCUCUCUACUGACUGCAGACCAACUAACAAGCCUGGGGACUCCACUCCGCCCUCACAGUCCUUCACCUCUCGCCCGCCCAUCCGCCAUCCAUUCCACCCCAUCCACCCCCUGCGCUACCUUCCCUCAUCCCCGCUCAGGCUCGGUGUCAGCGGUGCCCACACCUGAGGCGCUGGCAUCAUAUGUCCACAGUGAAAGCCCUCUUACAGAUCCAUUCCCGAUGUCCUUAGCUCACGCAGCUCGGCUUCACAGGCACACUUCCACCCCACCCAUAACUCCGCCCUCAAAGAGGCGUCACCGACUGAAGCCCCCCUGCACCCCUCCACCCCCAUCCCGCAAAGUGCUGCAUCUACUUCCCAACAUCACCCUAACGCGCAGCAAAAGCCACGAGUCCCAGCUGGGCAACCGCAUCGAGGACCCACCCACCAACAAGUGUGUUAAAAAGAAUAAGUUGCUCCAGAAUAUGCAAGUCAACGGGAAUGGAUGUGAGGACUCGCCUUCUCGUUACCCCGUUAUGUCUGCGCGCGCGCCUGGAGUCACCCCAGCUGCCACCACAGCAUCUUACACCCUCCCUGGCACGCCAACCCUCCUGGAAGAGCACAGCACCAUUAAGAAUAACGUAGCAGGGCAUCGCAGCUCCCCACAAGCAGUGAGGAGGGACAUAGGCCUAGCAGUCACACACAGGUUUUCAACAAAGUCCUGGCUGUCCCAGACAUGUCAGGUGUGCCAGAAGAACAUGAUGUUUGGGGUUAAGUGCAAACACUGUCGGUUAAAGUGCCACAACAAAUGCACAAAGGAAGCCCCAUCCUGCAGAAUCUCCUUUCUACCAAUCGCCAAAAUUCGGAGGACUGAGUCUGUUCCAUCUGAUAUAAACAACCCUGUGGACCGGCCGCCAGAAGCACCGCAGUUUGGCACACUACCAAAGGCCAUUACAAAAAAGGAUCAUCCUCCAGUGCUGAACCAGCUGGACUCCAGCAGCAACCCGUCCUCCACCACCUCGUCCACACCUUCCUCCCCAGCACCCUUCCAGCAGAGCAACCCCCCCAGCGCCACGCCACCACCCAACCCCUCACCCAAAGGUCAUCGGGACAGCCGCUUCAACUUCCCAGGUAUCUUACAGAAGCCUGGAUACAGAAACACAGCUGCCUGUUACUUUCAGCACAGACAGCAGUUUAUCUUCCCUGAUGUCUCCAGUCCUGCUCAUUUUCACCCUGAUGUCCUCCAAGACACUGUCAGUGAGAUAGAGCAAUCAGCAGAUGACAGACAUGCCGAGCUGGUAGAAGAUGAAGAUGAAGAGGAAGGGGAGGAGGAAAUUGAGGAUGAAGAUGAAGACCCCGAAGCGGAGGAGGAUAAUGAGGAAGAAGAGGAGGAAAAUGAGUACGAAGGGGAAGAUGAGGAUGACGAGGAGGACAUUAGGAUGAACGUUGGCUCAGACGGUGAGUGCGAUGAGCUGGAUGAUCUGCCCAGCUCUCGGGGAAACCAGUGGAAGGGCCCCAUCUCCCGCAAGGCGAGUCAGACCAGUGUCUACCUGCAGGAGUGGGACAUCCCCUUUGAGCAGCUCGACCUUGGAGAACUCAUAGGAAAGGGCCGCUGGGGCAAAGUGCAUAAGGGUCGGUGGCAUGGCGAGGUAGCUAUCCGACUUCUUGAGAUUGAUGGGAACAAUCAGGACCAUCUGAAGCUCUUUAAAAAGGAGGUGAUGAACUACAGACAGACCAGGCACGAGAAUGUGGUCCUCUUCAUGGGGGCCUGCAUGGCUCCACCCCACCUAGCCAUCAUCACCAGUUUCUGCAAAGGGAGGACACUGUAUUCAGUUGUUAGAGACACUAAAAACACUUUGGAUAUUAAUAAGACAAGACAAAUUGCUCAGGAGAUUGUAAAGGGAAUGGGCUAUCUGCACGCUAAAGGCAUUGUUCACAAAGACUUGAAGUCAAAGAACGUUUUUCAUGAUACCAAUAAAGUCGUGAUCACAGACUUCGGGCUGUUUGGGAUCUCUGGAGUUGUUCAGGAGGGGAGGCGUGAGAACAAACUUAAACUUCCACAUGGCUGGAUUUGUUAUCUCGCACCAGAGAUUGUGCGCAGAAUGAGCCCAGGUAACAAUGAGGACCGCCUUCCUUUUUCCACCUCGGCAGAUGUGUACGCCUUUGGCACCAUUUGGUAUGAGCUUCAAGCUAGGGACUGGCCAAUCACCAACCAGCCUGUGGAAGCUACCAUCUGGCAGGUGGGGAGCGGAGAGGGCAUAAAGAAGGUCUUGGCGGAGAUCAGCCUUGGCAAGGAGGUCAAUGAGAUCCUCUCUGCCUGCUGGGCUUACGACCUGAGAGAGAGGCCGACCUUCACCCAGCUGGCCGACAUGCUGGAGAAGCUGCCCAAACUCAACCGUAGGCUGUCCCACCCUGGACACUUCUGGAAGUCUGCAGAGAGGGUCUCAGAGGCUUGGACAGAGUGAUAUGCUCACUUGUGUGUUGUCUUUUUGGAGUAUGAAUUGGUAAAUUCACUGUUUUAUUGGAUGCAUUUGAGAAAAGGACACUGAUGAAGAUUUCUGUAUGCUAAACGACAGUUGAAAUGAAAAGAAACAGGUGAAAUAUUCCCUUCAUCAUUCACAAUCCACAUGGGAAUAGAAUAAUGCUGGUUUCAUUUAUGAUUAAAUGAUUUUAUAAUAAUAAUGUCCAUCCAUUGAAGUGUAAAGUGCACCUUAUAAGAAUAUGAGUUAUUUAGAAAGAUCCAUCUUUGAUGAAGUUGAGUGAUUUCAUUCUCUGCGCAAAAAAAAGAUAAAUCAGGAACCUGGCGCAAAAGUGUCCUAUAUCUUCCUAAAACAUUACCUCUUGUGCGAGCUUGUGUAUACUGUUUGUGAUUGCUGGCUUCAGUUGGCGUGCUUGUAUUUGUGUUGUGUGUGGGUGCACGUGCGACUGAGUGAGCGUACUGUGUUGGAAUACGUAGGGUUGGUUUUCGUGAAAGACUGCAGUAAAUGUUGUGUUGCAAAUCCAGUGGUAUGUAAUGUACAUACAUUAUUUAAUGUACAGCAAAUGAACAUGACUCUUCUAAUAUUUGUAUAAACAUUUUAUAUGUAAAAUACAUCCCAACAUUUUUUAAUUGGUACUGCUAUGGCUAUUACAGAUGUGUAUAUAUAUUUAUAUUUUUUUCAUGUAUAAAAGCUGUACAAUUUUUUAGAAUGGGCCAAUACAUGUUUUUUUUUAUGUUAUUGUAAAAAUUCAUAUUUUUGUAUUGCAUGUGACUACCAUUCUGUACACGCAGUUUCUGUUUUCAUCCAUGGAAGACAAUAAAAUGAGGCUUGUCAUGUAA